UCAAGACAAGCUCAGGGCCGAUGUUAGGCGCCGAGGCAUUCUCCACUGCAUCCGGGGCAUGCGGAGGUCGUCUGAUUGUCAUGCAACGCUCUCGACGUCAUUGAUCAAUGGGGAAUCUAGAAUGCCCAAAAGAGACAGCUUCACCACUUUCUUAGUGACUGUAUGUAGAAACUAAGGUAAGUUUCAACCCAUAGCGGAGCCGUAGAUAGCCAGCUUGUCCCGAGGCGCAUCCGCACUCGCAACCAAGUCUCCAUUCACUCAAGCGUCAUCCAUCCCUAUCGCUUCUGCAUUUCCGGGGCCGACCCUUUAGGUCCUCUUUUUCAUUCUUGUGCAUUCUCCUCUGCACGACACACACCAUCAUCUCAAAAUGCUCUUUCAAAAAGUUCUUACUUCCACAGCCCGCAUCGCAACCCGCUCUCAUCAGUUCCGGUCACCUCUCACCUCCUUCUCACGUCUCUCAUCCACAAUGGCUCCUAAGCUUCGAGACCCCUCCCUCUUUAAACAAAACGUCUGCUAUGUCAACGGGGAAUGGAUCCCCGCCAAAUCCGGCAAAACCUUUGAAGUCCACGACCCAGCCACAGAGCAACUAAUCGGCACCUGCCCCGAAUUCACCGCAGAGGACACCCGCCUCGCCAUCUCCCACGCCGAAACCGCGUUCGAGUCCUUCCGGCACAAGACUGGCCGUGAGCGCUCCAAGCUCCUCCGCAAGUGGUACGACCUCGUCGUCGAAAACGCCGACGACCUCGCCACCCUCAUCACCUGGGAGAACGGCAAGCCUACGGCCGAUGCCAAAGGCGAAGUAACCUACGCGGCCAAUUUCUUUGAAUGGUUCAGUGAGGAGGCCCCCCGUAUUUACGGGGAUACCAUCCCUUCCUCCAUCCCAGGAAACCGCGUCAUCACCAUCAAAGAACCGGUUGGCGUUUGCGGGCUGAUAACACCAUGGAACUUCCCCGCGGCUAUGAUCACCCGUAAAAUCGGCCCUGCUCUGGCAGUGGGUUGUUCAGUGGUAGUGAAAGCCCCCGGUGAGACCCCCUUCACCCCACUGGCCCUCGCCGAGCUCGCCCACCGCGCCGGUGUGCCCCCAGGAGUGGUAAACGUCGUCACGGCGAGCGAAAACACCCCCGAAGUCGGCAAGGAACUCACCACCAACCCUACCGUCCGCAAAAUCUCCUUCACCGGCUCGACCCCGGUGGGCAAGCUGCUCAUGAAGCAGUGUUCGACUACUCUCAAAAAACUCUCCCUCGAACUAGGGGGUAACGCCCCCUUUAUCGUCUUUGACGACGCUGAUGUUGACCUUGCGGUUGCGGGGGCGAUUGCCUCUAAAUUCCGCUCUUCAGGACAGACGUGUGUCUGCGCCAACCGGAUCUUUGUUCAGAGGGGGGUGUAUGACGAGUUUGCCACGAAAUUCGCCGCCAAGGUCAAGGAGUUCAAGGUUGGUAACGGGUUCGAAAAUGGCACCACGCAUGGCCCCCUGAUCCACCACAAGGCCAUCUCCAAGGUGGAGGAACACGUCCGGGACGCGGAGAAGAAGGGCGCCAAGGUUUUGCUUGGAGGAAACAAACUCCCGGAUUUGGGACCUAACUUUUACGAGCCGACGGUGAUUUCGGGGAUGAAGGUUGAUAUGGCCAUGGCAUCGGAGGAAACAUUUGGGCCGGUGGCGGGGCUGUUUCCGUUUGACACCGAGGAGGAGGUGGUCAGGAUUGCAAACAACACCACUGUUGGGUUGGCGGGGUAUUUCUUCUCGAGGGAUCUGGAGAGGGUUCACCGGGUGGCGGAGCAUUUGGAGGUUGGGAUGGUGGGGGUGAACACGGGGUUGAUUUCUGAUCCGGCGAGCCCGUUUGGAGGAGUGAAAGAGAGCGGGUUUGGGAGGGAGGGGAGUUUGUAUGGAAUUGGGGAGUAUCAAGUCACGAAGAUGGUGACGUAUGGGGGGAUGGGGAAGAAGUUGCAGUCGUGA